AUGGAUUCCCGCCUCAAAUUCAAGCAGCACAUUGCCCGAGCAUCGACCAAGGGACUCGAGGCUGCGAUGGAACUGAAACGUUUGAGAGGUUUGUCAGCUGCGACAGCGAGACAGUUGUUCAUAUCCACAGUGGUACCGCUAGUUGACUACGCCUCGAAUGUCUGGAUGCACGCGUACCAGGACAAACUAGUCGGACCUAUCAACCGAGUGCAAAAGGCUGGUGCGCAAGCCAUUGUCGGAACUUUUCUCACUGUCGCGACUGCAGUGGCAGAGGCGGAAGCCAAUCUGGUGAGCGUUGGAGAGCGACACCGGAAGAGGAUGAUAAAAAUGUGGCUUGUGAUGCACACGUUGCCGGAUACCAAUCCGUUGCGUAGGAUAACGUCACGGAUGAAGAAAUUCUACGCCAAACAUCGAUCGCCACUAUACAAGGUCGCACGAAGGCUGGCAGCUGUGCCGACGGAUCAGUUGGAGUCAAUUUUGCCCUUCACGAUAGAACCAUGGAGAAAGAAGGUCACGACGAUGACAGACAGCCAGGUCGAUGAGGGCUCGUCAGCAAAGGGAGACAUGGUGAUAGCAACGAGCAGCUCCGCCCGCAACAGUGUUGUCGGUUCACCGGGCGUAAUAAACUUUUGGUUUGGUAUUAGUACGGAUUCGUAUUUUUGGUCAAGUCAGAAGGGGGCUGGGACAGACCAGCAAGAAAACAUCAGACAAAAAUCCUUUUAUAUCCUUGGCUUGUCGCUCCGAUCCUGCCGGCGCCUUCACGCUUUAGCGGUGGUCCUCGCAGUGGCUCUUACAGUCUUCCAUGCCGCCGCAGCUGGCGCAGCAAAGGGAAGGCUGGACCUGCACACACCGAAAGAUGUGUUUGCCUUGGUAGUAAUACACUUGGCACUGCGAAGCGUCUGGUACAAAGUCGCCCUGCGCACCCACCAAAUACUUUCGUUCGCCUUCGUGUACGGUCUGUGGCGACAUGCCUCGUCCGCCGAUCUGUUUCCGCGCUUGUACCUUAAGCCUGCAGUUGUCGAAGCCGCUGCAGGUGAAAGUUGGACAAACGCAAGCCUUUGGGUUCCGUGGGCCAGUCUGGGGUCGGCUGCACAGACACAUCCUUUCACUGUGAUAUCUUGGUCCGAAAAGCUGCAGAAGCAUCUCGACCUGUUUAUCGAGCCUCGCGGCGGCUUCACCAAAGAUCUGUUCGCUCUAUCGGACCGCGGCCCUGCCACACGCCGGGCAAUGUUCAACGGGCCGUAUGGAAAAAAUUACCAGUACAUUUAUAUGAAAAUGUUGUUAUGCUGGCCACCGGAUUUGGCAUUGCUGGUCACCUACCGCGUCGGAAUCGCCGCUCAGAAAUUGCUAAACGAAGCGCUCGACGAAGACAAGCUUGACGGAGAAUAUAAUCUCCGCAUCUCAAUCUAUAUCAAUUCAGAGAAUAUAGUUGAGGUAAAAUUCGGCGACAGAGCCACCGCAUAUUCCGGUGAAAUACUUCUUGCGAAUGUUGUCUCGUCGGAGCUGCGAGAACGACGACCAGGGAGCAAGACAGUCAUAUCAGUAUUUGCGAAGUGCUUUAUUCGCGAUGCGCUGAACGAUCUGUUGUGGCAGAUUCGGCGCAGCAAUAUAGACAUCAUGUACACUGACUAUUAG